AUGAUUAGACAAGUUUCUAUCGUUCCUGGUGAAGGAAUUGGGAACUCAAUUCAAUUGGGUGACACAUUGUACUCUAUUAUCAACAAGUUUCAGCAAAAGGAUCAUAAGAUGAAGAUAAUCUAUUCGGAUAAGGAGUACCUUGAGACACCCCUAGUGGUAAUACUUCCGUCACUAGGGGUCAGACUUACUUUUGAAAACUGCAAUCAACAGGAAUUGCUUGUUAUUGAGAUUAUCAGUUUUGAAUUCAUAAAGAUUGUUUACAAUAACUUCCAUUUGAAUGAGAUUAGACAUUCGGCAGAUGAUGGAUUCCUUACAAUUGAAGCAAAUGGAGACGAGGGUGGAAGUGAAGAAGAGGUGGAGAAUUUCCAAAAGACAUCUUCUCAAGAAGUUUUGGUAAAACCUCCAACUCUUCAUCAAAUAUACAAUAAAAUAUUUGGACCUACCUACCCGGGGAAGCUAGUUGAUGACUGUUAUAUUUUAUCAUAUCCAGGGAUUUCAUUUAGAUUCAAAAUAUUACUGCAGGACUUACAAGAUGAAGUUUCAAAAGUUUCGUUAAAUGAAAACUCACUCUUAUCCCAAUUACUCAAUUGGGACAAAGUUGACGACAUUGUUUGUGAGUCCUUGGCCAUUUUUAAUGGUGAUUCAUGGGAUGAAUUUUUCAAAUCGUUUAAGCAAUAUUUAUUAACUAAGAAGAAGACAAAGGUGUCUGAAAGGUUCAAUGGUAGUAAAUUGAUCCCCAAGAUAUCCAAACUCAUAGUUAAUUUAUCGGAAAGGGAUAUCAAAAUCAUUUUAAAUUCAAACAAGGAUAUGACAAAGACAAGUGAAUUUACCAUCAAGAUCGGAGAGACUACUCAACAAGAAAUUCUCAACAUUUUGGGACCACCAGAUGAUUAUUUCAAUAAGUUUGAUUGUAGACUUUUAAUCCACAAGCAUCUUAAGCAAUCAUUGCUGAUUUCAAAUGGUGGUAGCUCUGAUACAAUCAGUGGGAAUUCAAUCGAUAAAUUCCAUAAUUAUUUCCUGUUAGGGCUUGAUUUCUUAUAUGAUCUUAACCCAGAGUCAAAGAAAUCUCACAAUAGUACUGGUAUUUUAAAGAAGGUUGUGAUUCAUAAUGGGGGUGUUACCAAGAGCUUAGAUUUCAUGAGAUGGAACAAAUGUAACUGGGAAAUACAUACGGGUAAAGACGGUGUUGGAUCUGAUAUCUGUGUUAACUCUUCGAUGUAUUUUAAAGAUAUCCCACUGGCUUUCUUUUCAACAUUGAAUUCUCAGGUCAUCAGACCAGUUCUUCUCAAUCGAAACGAAGCAGAAUUUAUUGAUAACGAUUUGGAUAUCAUUAAUGUGAAUGAAGUGCCGGCACAUCAUUCAAAGCCUGGAAGAAACUCGAACGAAAAGAGAACUAAUCAAGUCAAAACUUGGGGUCAAUCAAAGCUUUAUGGAGGUAAAUAUUGUAUUUGGGAAGUAGUUGAUAGCAUUGGCUGUAUCACAUGUGUUACUAUUUACUAA